ACUGUAUGCAAUACUAUGACUAGCCUGGGCAUAAAAUCUAUUUGCCUAGUCUUCGCCGAUGACGGAUAUAUGCUCAAGAUUGAGCUUGGUUAUCAAUAAAUUACUCACCCAGCAAAACUUUAUAGAACAGCCCUGGCCCACGGGCAGUGGCACACAAGAUCUACCCGCCUUGCAACAGGCACAGGCUCAGACUGCUGCUCUCACCCAGAGCAUCGUGCCGGCUCCGGAGGUUGGCUGUAGGAUUAGAGGGGUGUCUUUGCCACCUCCAUGCCCUCUAAGUCCAUCUGACCUUCCCUCCUGGGUACAGGUAGUCUAAGAAGGUUUUUUAACUGCUCAUUUUUGUUUGUAGACAGAACUUAGCUACCUCCAGAGGGGUUACAGAAACAACCAAACUAGCCUCAGAGCCAACAGCAUGGGGAACCAUCUGGGUUUUGCACCAGUACUGCCACAUUCAUGUGACAGCAUGCCCCAGCUGGCAAACCCUGGUUCCCUGGGGACUGCCUGGAUCUGAAAUGUUGGUAUGAGAAUAUGCCUGGUGUGCUCGAGGACCUUGGCUGCAUCAGUUUUGCUCAGCAGCUAAUGCUUGCAGCAGGGUAAUCAUAGACUUUGCAGUCAAAGUCUUUGCUGGUGGGUAAAACUUCCCUGCUGCCGCUGGACUGAUGGGCUUUUAAAGGUCUGAGUGAAAUAUCUGUCCUUCUGCAGGGUGAUAGCUUUGGACUGUGCAUGACAGUCACCUAAGUCACCCGUGCUCCUGAAAACCGAGUGACUUCUUCUGGCACCGCGGUGGGAGCUGUGUCAUCCCAAAGGCCUGACCUCUCGUACCUGUGCAUCUCUGGUCUCCAAACACCAGGGACGUGCCGAUGGAGAGAAAUGUCCACCCACCUGAGGAGCAAGCCUGAGAGCAGGGUCCCCUGUAUGCGGCGCGCGAAGGCCCCGUGUGCCAGGACAGUGAUGGAGAAAGUUCUUGCCAACUUUCUGAGUCACGCUACUUUUACUAGCGCACCAUGUCCCAUUGCCAGAAACCCUCCCACCUUGGGGCGUUUGGACCACCGGCGUCCCGGAGGGGGUGAUGCCGCUCGGCUUCCCACAUCCCAAUGUCUCCAUGAUGAGCCGGGAACGGCCCCUCUCCAGGAGGGGCUUGCCAGCGCAGCUCCGUGCCGAGAGGAACACCCGAGCUUGGCAUUUUGGGGACGUAACCCCCAUGAUGGUCCCUCCUUUUGGUCACGUCCUUCUUCCUGAAUGAAAAAUGACACAGCAAUGCCAAGAUUUCCCGCCUCCAUAGGUUAGGGAAACACCUGUGGGUGAGAGAGGUUGUCCCUUUCACUAGCUCAUUAAUUCAGUAAAUUACAAAGGGAAAUACAUGCUGGGAAAAGCAAGAAAAAUCCCAAAAGUUAAUCCAAGAGUUAUUUCCUCCCGAUACCUGGAUAAAAAACGUGUUCUUCGGAGCUCUUCAGGUCAGACGUCAGCAAGACAGGUGAACCCACAUCAAAGAACAAGGUCUCCCAGGCAGCUGGCCAUGCUUGCAUCCUGCCGUAGCAUGAAGGGAUCCCACUUAUUCCUCUGCCUCUUCUCCAUGUCGUGCUGGUUGAAUUUGAUGCCAGCAGCUGGGAACAAAAUCUUCCACUUUGGACCCUGCAGGAUUUCAAUGAGCGUGACUGAGAUUAGGUCUGGUUUCACAGCAAUUAAAGCCAACAUCCAAGCCAGAGACCCCAUCAGGACCCUCAGCAUCUUGUCUUAUCCAGAUUCUCUGCACAAGGUUAAGUCUUCAGAUAGAUGCUGCAUCACCCAUCACCUCUUCGACUUCUACGUGGACAAAGUUUUCAAACACUGCAAGACCGAGGAUGCAUAUGUCAACCGAAAAAUCAGCAGCAUAGCCAACUCCUUCCUCAGUGUGAAGAGGAAACUUGGGCAGUGUCAUGAGGAAAAUAAGUGCCUGUGUGGACAGGAAUCCACUGAGAAAUUUAAGCAAAUACUUGCGAACUAUGGAGGGCUGAAUGUCACAUCUGCAGCAAUUAAAUCCCUCGGCGAGCUGGACAUCCUACUAGACUGGAUGGAGAAAUCUCAUUAGAGAGCAGAAGGCAUUA